UUUCCCUUUCUUUUAACAUUUAUAUAUUUUGGACCGAAAAUGAAGUUCUCAUCUGUCCAUAAAUUGUCGAUUUGUGUACUGCUUUUUUGUAUUCUUGUAGUACAUGCUCAGUCCAAUGAUACUGUUAAACCUACAGAAAUCGAACCAACCACUACCGCUAUUGACUCUAUAACAGCGCAAGCCACCAGUGCUCCUGCUCCUGACCCCACCACUGUCCAACCUGCUACUACUGAGGAAGCUAAAACAACCGAACCUGCUACUACAAAUGCUCCCGCCACCACUCAAGCACCUGAUACAACCGAAGCACCUACCACUACUGAAGCGCCUGUUACUACUGAAGCGCCUGUUACUACCACUCAAGCACCUGCAACUACACAAGCUCCUGCUACCACUACCCAAGCACCUACUAGUGCCCCAGCAGCCACCACUACUACUAAAGCCGCCUCUUCUUCUAAGCCUGACUCUUCCUCAGAAGCAGACCAAACCGCUACUACCUCUAACAAACCAGGCAGCACUCCAGACCCUACUAGUGCUGGUACUGGCUCCAAGAGUAGUCCUACCCAAUCACAUCAAUCCAAAUCUUCCGGUGCACCCGAAUCUACCGCUUCCCCCGAUAGCUCAGACGACACUGGUAGCAAGACAGGCGUAAUUGCAGGCUCUGUGGUUGGUGGUGUUGUCGGACUUGCUUUAAUUGGCGGUAUCCUGACAUGGAUGAAUCGCCGUGGUGGAUGUACAAAGCGUACAAAGCGUAACAAGGAGGGAUUUACUCAAGAUGAUUACACCAUUGAUAUGAAUCAGAACGAUUUUAACCAUUCUCACGCAGCUGCCGCUGCAGUUGCUGCUGGAGCUGGAGCUGGCACAGCAGCCACAGUAGUUUCAACCGAACCACUUUCUCCUUUUGAUAACACUCGUCGUUACGCACCCACACCUGCUUAUGGUGAACAAUAUCCCGAUUACCAAGAAGGGUUUAGUCAAGGUGGGUAUAGUCAAGAAGGAUAUAGCCAAGAUGGAAAUUAUCAACAUCAAGCCCCAGUUGCCGACUAUCAACACCACGAUUAUGCUCACCAAGCAGAUUAUCAACACUCCCAACCUGAUUAUCAAAAUCAAGCACAACCUGAUUAUGGCUAUUAUGAUAAUAAUGCUUAUCAACCUGGAUAUGAUAACGCACGACAUGAGUAUUAUGAUACACCAAAGCAUUUUAAUGAGGCUACAUCUCCUACGAGUGCUGGAAACUUAAAUGAGAUGGCCUAUAUUUCUGAUAAACCUAAUGUUAAGGAUUACAGCAGUAAACCUAAUGAAUUGUAAAUCUCCUCGCUUUACUCCUUACUACAUCUAAUAAAAUCAAACCCAAAUAGACUUUCCUUUUA